CGCCCUCCGGCAGACGCCAUUCAAAACUGCAGAGAACCAGGGGCUCGGAGGUUUCCAGUGUGCCACCUCUUGUGCCAUGGGUUCUUCAUUCGGAUUGGGGUGGUUUGUUCUCCUGGUAGCAGUUGCACACAUAGAGGCUCAAAAGAAGCCGCCCAUAGAUAUCAGCUCAAGAUGUCUGGGGAACAUCAUGCGUGUGGACGUCGGUCCGCUCGGGGGGAGUGUUCUGGAAGUUUCAGUCGUCAUGAAUAACUCUGCCUUCCUUCUUACACCAAGUUUGGCAUCUCAGUGUGGCUUCAGCGUGAAGACAGACCAGCUGGGGAACGCCAUGAUUUUUGCCUCCCUCCACAACUGCUUUGCUCAAAAUGUGGGCGACGCGUUGACAACGACGUUGAACCUUCGACUGCAUGGCAACCGGAUGGCUGAAGACGAGCUGUACCGCGUGGCUGAGACCUGCCACUACGCCGAUUGGAGCUCCAGGGAAAUUGUGUGCGAGCGUAACUAUAUUGAGGUGUCCGUGAAAAGGGCAGCUCCAGAUGAUUAUGUGCUGCCUGCGAAUCCUCUCCUAGGGGCCAACACAAAGUUCGGUGAUCCUCGACGGGCUGCAGAGAAACAGCCCGUGGAUACCGGAUUCAGAAUCACAUCCCUGGUGUUCUUCACUCCCGAGGAGAAGAUGAUGACGGUGACCGAGGCCCGGAGGCGUGGUCAUGGGAUAGCCAACACUCCAUCGAGGCUGGUCCUGCGAAGCCCACAGACGUCACCUGAAACGUACACCCAGAAUGUAGCAGGGGUGCCGAUGACGGUGCUCCAAACCUCUACAAUCUUUGAAAAGAAGUGGCUGGCGACUCGGAUCAAUGCAGCGGCAGCCUGUCCAACGCUGGAGGGCAGCGUUUCCUUCACUCCAAACCACAUCACCUGGUACCUGCCCCGGCACAUUGACCCGCUGAUCUCCUCCGGACAGUUUAAACUGCUGGAGGUGCACAUGGGCAUCGAUGGCCAGAGACUGGACGCCGGCGAGAUGGCUGCCAGACGAUACUCUCUGUCCGCCACGGACAUGUACGUCGUCGUCGAAAUUCCCAUCGGGGCCGCCGGGGGCCACUUUAAGAGUCACGUCCAGGACGGUCAGUACCUCACCUCCUACACGAUUGAGCCGAUGCUGGAGUUGCUCUGGACUGAGGAAACCACUCACGAGGACACCAGAUAUAAAGUCCUCUUUCCCAUCACCACGCCGCUACUGUCGCGACCUGCGCAAGUUACUGACAACACCGUUCCAGAGGAGCAGAUAUUCAAGGUGCUGCUUGGGCCCUUUGGCUCCGACGUGGCUCUGAUGAACGUCACCUUCCCCCACGAGGUUCUGUCCGUGGCAGACUGCAGCGUCAGGGGCUUUAACGUCCUGGAGCACAUGUCUCCUAACAGCGGCUCGAAAGUCUACACACUCGAAGUGCCCUUCACGGACCCCGUCGUGCUACAAAUGAAAGAAAUGGAUAUCACGGUGUACUCUCUUCACAUGACCUUUGGUUUGCUGGUCCUGCCAGAGUUUGCUCCAUUUGCUCACGCUGCCUAUCUGGAAGCUAGAGUAGUUGAGAUAGUUGCUCCCUCAGUCACCGGCGGAUGUGAUCAUCAAAACUUCAAUGUCCUCGUGAAAUACGGGAGCCAGGGCUUCAACUUUCAGGCCACGGUGGGAAAACAAAUGUUGACCCCGAGUCUGGCCCAGCAGUACGGCGUCAUGGAGAACCACACGCACUUGAGCUUUGCGGUGCCGUUUACAGCGCCUGACGUCGCCUUUGAGGCUGUUGAGUCGUCGUCCAUCAGGAGCAGGCUUGACGUGGUUCUGAGGAAUCUGGAAACCAACAAAAACAUCAAAGAAUUCUCUUUGGCUUGCAAUUUCGCCUCAUUUCUAACUGAGUGUUUUCCCAACGGAACCAUGACGGCUCUGGCUGUGAAGCUGGAGUCUGUUCCCAGUCUGGACCCCGGUCGGCUCACCCUCCGAGACUCCACCUGUGGUCCCGCCUACAGCGACGGCCGCUACGCUUACUUUGUCUUCACUGGCAACUCCUGUGGGACAACCAGAAAGUUUUUUCCCAAUGUGAUGCUGUAUGAGAAUGAGAUCUCUCUGCCAGAUGAACUUGAACAAAAGACGGAUGAAUCAAAAACAGAAGAGCCAGAGUACGAGUUAAAGAUUUCUUGUUACUAUGACCUCAACACCGCCCACGGUGUAGGCUUCCACACCCGGCCUCGCAGGAGUGAACCCUAUGCUGAGAAUGCAAAAGGCGAGCUGCAGGUCGCAAUGAGACUUGCUUUUGAUGACUCUUACAGCGCGUUUCACCGAGUUGAGGACUUUCCCGUUGUGAAGUACCUGCAACAGCCGCUGUAUUUUGAGGUUGAGCUGAUGAAGGCCACAAAUCCCAGAUUAUCACUGGAGCUGGGGAACUGUUGGGCGACGCUGUACGACGACGGGAUGUCCAAACCCAGAUGGAACCUCAUCAUUGAUGGCUGUCCAAACCCAAGAGACCCAAACCAGGUGGUCUUCCAUCCCGUUUGGGUCGAUGCCAGAGUUCAGUAUCCCUCUCACGUCAAACGCUUCGAGGUCCAGAUGUUUGCCUUUGCUGAAGAUCAAGAUAACUUGCAUCGCCAGCUCUUUGUCCACUGCGACGUGAUGAUCUGUGAUGACAGAAAUCCACUGGGUGGAGUUUGUAACGGGCAGUGUUCCAGCCAGGAAAACAGGAUAAAAGGUCAAAGACGUGCUGUUUCAGACAAACAAAGUUUCAAACACGUGUCAUCCGGAGCCAUACUUAUAAGUUAAGAAAAUCAUAAUAAAUGACUUUUACAAGAGUU